AUGGCGACGUCUUCCCCCACGAAAACGCCUGGACCGCUCCCCCCGACUUUGUUCAGCAUCUACCGAACAUACAAACACGAGACGUCGAUCGUAAUCGGCUGGCUUCACUCCUUCGACAACGCAGCUGGUGCAAACUCAAUUCCCUUAUCAGAGCAGCAUGGUAAUCCAUCACUGCAAGAGAUGACUGUACGUCAAAUUGCGGAUCGCGCUCGUCAGGCAGCGAGCAUGGGAAAGAGGCCACCAAAGGGUAUCGAGACAGCUUUCAAGAUGGUCAUAAUGAACCGAAACAAAAUGACCAAGCAUUACGAGACAUUGCCAUCAUCGGGUCAAGAAGUCCAAGACUCUACUGAACGCCAUAGAGUCUUUAACGAGACGUUGGCUGAGGCGUACAGGCUGCUGUUUCCGAGGACGAAGCGGACUAACAAGGGUCGCAAAAUUACGCCGGAGAAGCUGCCUGAUUCCCCAGUCACGACUUCUGCGAAUACCUUCGAGGCUCUCGCCGGACUGAUAGAGCAAGAAGAGGAUUUCACCUUUUCCGCAUCCGAGUAUUGGGGAAAUGACGCGCCUGCGCCUAAUCCCAGGCGUUCCGCUAUCGCAGAGGACCCGAUCGAGAGCUCAAUCGCUAGACAGGCGUAUUUGGGUGAACUCCAAGCUAUCGUCGAGACCGUAAAGAGCAUAUGGAGGUCUUUCGCGGCGGGCGAUAUAUCAUUAACAGAGGCGGGCUGGCUGACGAACCUGGCGCAAAAUUUCGUGAGAUUCAUGAGUCCUGGUAAGAUCGACCCCUUCUCGUUGGAGGGCUCAUUGUUUUGCGGGAUGACACUCGACGAGUCUUGCGGUGACCUUGACAAAUGCGGUGGCCUACAUCCCGGGGUCACAUUGGAGGAUUUGGCAUCGGUCGACUUCAGCAAUGUCGCCAUAUCCUCAUCGUUUGCCGAGUUCACACAUGGAUCUGGCUUGAUCUGGCCGUUUCAGCUUCUGCAAACCUUGCGUGCGGCAGAGCAGCCUCCAAAACCUGCUGAGAAGGAGCGUCGUCGUUUCGAGUGUUUCUUUCGAACUGCAUCCCAAGAGCGAGAAGUUAAGGAAGCCUUCGCGGGCUCAGUCACUCAGCUUGCAAGUGACAGAUCCCAGCUGUCGGAUAGACCAAGCGCACGGAAGGUAGUGAGUGUUUGCAGUGAUCGCUAUGCCCACGACCGAGACUUGCUUGCAUCCAUGGUCAAGAGCGUCUCCCGACAUUCCGCUUUCGAAGAAUACCAACCACGAUUCCUACAGGAUGAAGUCAAUGACCGUCUGGAAUCCCUCGUCGGUUUCCACAUACAGCACCCCUCGACCAUUCCCCUUCUGGCGGAGUUGAAGCAGGCAAACAUAGACCUACCAAUCCUAGUGGCAGCACAUAUGCUUCUUGAGAGUGGGCGUAGCUUCCUCCACGAAUCCGAGAAGAUAGCAAAACCGCCACCGAAUUGCCGGAUAACAGUCUUAAGCCGCGCCAACGAAGUUAGGAGCGCGAUAUUGCAUCUGAUCGAUGAGAACGGGCCAAACCUUGCGUAUCGAUCAACAUCCAUCAAUUUCAUCAGGCUCCUCGACCUUCAGCUUGGCUUCCUUCUUUCGGACAAGACGUUCGAUGCCUAUUCUCAAUCCCCUUGGGUCACAGGAAGCCAGAUGGCCGCUAUUUCCGAUUGGACGCUCUUUGUGGGCCUCGAGCUACUCAAUGAGGGUGACUGCUUCGGCGCCGUGAUACACAUGUACAACAUGUUGCAGCAGGUUGAGGUUGGCUGCGCACGGAUUCCCAUACUUGAAGAGCUACAGUCCCUGUUCAAGCCAGUGGUCUUUGCAGGCAAGCAGGAGCCGCAAAGACGUUUUGCAGACAUCUUCGAACUCUUCGUUGGUGGAGCGAAGGUCUACCAAGAUAAAGGUAUCAGAGUACUCAAUCAAGCUCCACCGAAGAAUUCUCGCGACAAUCCUGGCAAGACCUCCAAGAUCAAUGUGUCUACAAUGCACCUCUCAUCGGCAGAGAGCUUCGGCCAACUUUACAUGCCCGGCGAAGAGUUCUGGGCUAGGAUCACAGGCGACCCCAAAAUCACUCGGAAGUACAAAUUCUACGACGAGGUCUUCGUGGAAUUCCUGCCAUCACAAACCAUCCGCCGUGCACAAGAGGCGAUCAGGCCCGAGUAUGAGGGUGCGUUCCCACCAACCCGAGUGAACUGCUUUGCAGUCCUUCGUCUUUGCCAGGAGAUACUGCUCGCAAUCAUCGCGCGCUUCAAAGAACUUGGAUUAGCGGCCUGGCCACCGGCAAUAUACAAUGAUAGUUCUUUGGAUCUCCACAUUCCAAGCAAGACUAGUCCAAACGUCAGCAUCGACUAUGCCCUCAAAUGUGUUCGAAUGACUAUGAGAAUUAUCGGGGGCCUUGUCGAUGCCCACGAUAUGGAGAGGAAGAAGGGUGAGGUUGGCUACAACAAGAAGUUUAAGAAGGUGAUCAAAAACAUGCCGCCAGUGAUCCUACUGCGGGACACGGUUGCGAAGGUAUGCGAAGGCAAGAAGGUCGAGGACUUUCUGUGGAAGAAUAUGUGA